ACGUGCAGUCUCUUUGGAAAAACAAAUACCGUCGAACUCGGAGCACUUAACCCGAUCUCCCGACGGGAUUGACGUUCACUCGAGGAAUGAUACCCGCUACGUAUUUGGCCAGUCAGUCUGACUUCCCAGGAAUCGUUUUGGCAUUCGUGGAUAAGUGCAAAGGCAGUCCAAAGUAAGAUGCGUGGCUCAGAAGAUGGACAGCACUUGUGAUGGACGCGGAUGAUUUCUGCAUGGAGACUCCGCGCGGUGCAUGACAAGAAGAGACAACUCGGAGAUUUGGGGUUAAUUGUUCGCCACCUGGGAAUGUUACUCGUUUUCUGAUGGUUAGUUUCUUUUCAUUGCUAUGAGGAAGAAAUCUUGGGUUGUUCGUUUUUCUGUGUCGUUCAACCUUCAUCACCACGGCAAAAGUUGCCGGUCUACGAAAGCAGAUUAAAAAGACAAAGACCAUCAUAGGAAGACGAGUUGACUUGCCUGCAGAGGGCGUCUCGAAUUGAAAUCCUUAGAAGACGACAUGGACUCCCUGGCGACCAACGGAAAUGUCACUGUGACGGACGAACCAACCUCUUUUGGCGACGUAGUUCUAAAGAUCAUUUACACUAUCAUCGGUCUGCUCGGGAUUGUUGGUAACUCUCUCGUCAUUUACCUGGUGUACAGGGUCCCGUCUCUUCGUUCUGUUACAAACGUAUUGAUCUGCAACCAGGCUAUUAUAGACUUGACCAGUAGCGUAUUUUUUGUGUGUCUUUAUCUUCUGCCCAAGCCAUCGCUGCCCGAGUCGGCCGUGGCAGCCAGCGUGCUCUGCAAGCUCUGGCUGUCCGACUGGCCGCUCUGGGGCUUCUCGGUGAGCUCCACAGUCAACCUGGUCCUCCUCACCAUGGAGCGCUACUUCGCCAUCAAGCACCCGAUCAAGUACCGCACCAGAUUCACCAUGCGGCGCGCCAAGGCGCUGGCUGUGUUGCCGUGGUGCGUGGGCCCGCUGCACGAGCUGGCGUGGGCCCUGGUGCAGACGGUCGACGCGGAGGGGAACUGCGACCCGUCAUGGCCGUCGGUCACCCUCCAGCAAAUCUUGGGAGUGAUCUUCUUCAUCGAUCACUACAUGCUUCCCGUCACAAUCAUGAUGUACGUCUACACCACGAUCAUAAUGAAGCUGCGUCGUGACUGGCGCUCGUCUAGUGUAUCACUGCCCCGCACUGGGCACGCGCAAACCACGACCAACAACAGCAUCAGCAGCAACAACAACGACUCAAAAGUCAUCUCUGGUGCGGAAGGCAGAUCUACAAGUGGAAGACGACAGUCUACCUUUCGCUCAGCCGUUCUGCCGCCCAGUAGGAAACAUUUCAGCCUCCUUGCUUCCAAAAGCGUGCUGCGCACGCUCCUCAUAGUCUCCGCUUCGUACAUCGUUUGCUGGGGUCCAAACGAGACCAUCUAUCUUCUCUUCAACCUCGGCGUCUCGGUGGAGUUUAACGGGCUGUAUCACAACAUGUCCGUCGUCUUCGCCCUAUGCAACAUGUGCCUCAACCCCAUUGUCUACGCCUUUCAUUACGAGGAGCUCAAGAAGGCGCUCCGGAAGAAGCUUCCCUGCAAGACAGGCUGGAAGGCGAGACCACGACCCUGCUGCUGCAAAAAAUCCAAAACGUUUGAGUUAGGAGGACUGGAGCAACACCUCGCAACAGUGACGUCACCACAUGGCUCUAUUCAACAACUUUGAAAAUGAGCCCACACUCCCUUCAACGACGGUGCUGAACAUGAAUCUCAAUGAAUGGACCACAAGCACGGCCUAUACAAACGGAGAUCUGCUAUUUUAUGCCGCUUUUUCGCUGGGUUCUUGAAAGCUUCACGAAACCGCUUUUAUAGCAGCGUCACCAAACUUCUUUGUGAACUGCGAUUUGUUGGAAGGUUGGUAGAGCGCCCUCUAUACGCGACAUUUUCUGAAGGGAAGGUGUUCGGUGAUUUAUAAUAGGCAGGGGUAGAUUGGAUCUAUGAUCUAAUUAAUGCAGUGCCUUCUAAAAAAAACACAGUUUCACGAUAUGAACCUGUUGGCAGGUUGUGUGCAGGUUUUUUGAGGAAAAAGACGUCAGACUGUAGGUAAGAAUAUUAAUAGACUGUCGUUCCUACAGCACAGUGCAUUGUGAAAAAGCAAUGUCACGCACAAUGACAUUUAAAUACAAUUAUGCGAUUGUGCUGGUUUUCUUUUUUAAUUAAGAUAUUUUCGUCGGCUGAAAAUUGUGAUCUGUUGUUUAGGGUCGGGCUGAGUACGGGAUUUUGAUGUAGCAGACGUAAGUGAGCCCAAACCUAUGCCACAAAGUUUAACAGUAAACACGGGCACAAUUAAGCUUUCACAACUGAGUUUAUGAAGCAUGCAAUACACUGAAGAAAAAAUGGCACUGUUGUGAUUGAUGAGUUCCAGUCGUAGGACUUUCAUAAUCGUCCUUUGAGUUCUUGUUGUGGAGAAGCUAUUGAACUCGGCCCCCGGGGGCUGUGUCGUCUAGACGUGAUGUUACAAAACUCUCUGCGGGUCUGACUGUCAGCUCGCCGCGGGUCUCAGUAUCGGCGGUUGUUCAACCGUCUUUCCGGAGCCGGGGGAAAGGGACUUGGAUUGAAACGCGGAUUGAGGGAAAUGGAUAAUUAUUGCGAUCGUCCGUUUGAGCGCUUGGCGAAGGAAAGAGCGUUCCUUUGUGGUAUGCUGGUUUUAGCCCCGAGGGGAAUAUGAAUAUUCCUUUCAGUAACAGUGAGUGGGUCUUUUUUGGCCCUUAUGUGCAUCGCUGAAUAUGUGGCAGUAUGUGUCCCCCGGGAGCGGGACUCCGCCCACGCCAGAUACGUCACUUCGUACUAAAGCAUUAGAAGUAAAGCCCCAUAAGACAACGCUCUGUAUGGACACAUAGAUAGCUAGGUGCCGUGAAACGUUACUGUAAGAAUAUUUCUCUUCAGCAUCUCAAGUCCUUCGUCGGAAGUAAGACUUCAGGAAGGCUUUUGAUUUAUGAUGGAGCGGGAUAUCGACUAACCGACUGUUGACUUAAACACUAAAAUCCUAAAUUGGUUUCGGGUAUGUGCAUAGGUGGCGCUGUCCACCUUUAAAACGCACGGACAGAAAAGAACGAGAUCAGUGCUAGUUCCUACAAUUUGUAUUCAGGAAAUGUGAAUAACCGUACUCCAGUCAUGCACUGCCGUUGCUUGGAAAACUGAACACACCGUUUUUGUUGCAAGCGCACGCGCACUUUUCGGCAAGUUUGCCGUUUUGUUUAUUUUCACGGCGACCUUGUAGCUUCAUUUUCUCGGUACCAAACAGUUCUCGCUGGCUGGCCCCCGUGACAGGCGGCACGUUCGCUCCUCGUCCCCUCCAGCCUCACAUCCACUGUUGUAAAAGGAUAGACCACCCCCACGCGCACCAUUAAUACUCCUGUUUACAUCGACACCAUCCUUUCACCCAACCCUUCUGGCCGCAAACAACGUCAAAGUGAAGUCACUCCUUACCAAGAACUCACCGAAUGAACUAGGGCCUACAUUUCCCCACUGUGGGGGCGUGAGUUCAACCCGACGUCCAGCAUGCAUGUGCAUGUCGCGUCAAACAUGGCGAGUAAUAAGGCCACAGUAUUUCAGAAUGGGUUUUGUGGGCGCUAUACAAUAAAGGCAGAAGUUCAUUCUCAAUCUCAGACAACAAACAGCAAGGUUUUAAUAAACAAAUGAAAAAAGGAAAGCCUGGACCAGCGUGUAUUUCUACCGACACAUAUUGUCGGUGGUUGUAUUAUUACAUCGACCUCAAAAGCCACAUUUGUAACCUCGUUUAAUUGUGAUCAUUCUUUUUCCAUCAAACAGUUUAAACACACACAAACACUCAAAAAUCUUACUCUUUAUUCAUGGAACAAUACUGACAAGAAUUCGAGGAAAGAUUUGCGGUAUCCAAGUAACAAACAGACCCCCUUGUUGUUUGGAAGCUUUUCCGCGCCCUGGAUCAAUUGCGGUUAAGAAAGGCACACUUGCUCACCGAACAAUAACAUUAAAAUUUGGCACCAUUUCACAUCUGUGAAUAAAAGUUUCAAUAUUUCCACACGUUUGAUACAAACAGUUGAACAGAAAAACUAAAAGUUGGCACGAAAGGUAACAAUGAACUUUAGGCCGCGGAAAAAAAGACAAAAAAACUGCCCAC